AUGGAUUGCUGGGAGCUCCUGCUGGUAGCCUGGAUCACUUGCUUCUUCAGUCUGCCCAGUGAUGGCUUACAAAGGAUUCCCCUCAAGAAAAUGACUUCAAUCAGAGAGAGCAUGAAGACAAGGGGAAAGCUUUUGGAGAAGUUGAAAAUGGAACAUGGGACACAGACCACAAAAAAGAACUCCAUUUAUGAAAUAUUGUCUCUUGGUCUCUACAAUUUUGUGGAUAAACAGUAUUAUGGUGAGAUCAGUAUUGGAAGCCCACCCCAAACCUUCAAAGUCAUUUUUGACACUGGCUCUUCUGACUUUUGGGUAUCCUCCAACAAAUGCAGUACACCCAGGAAAGCAUGUGAGUUACAGAAUCGAUAUGAUGCUUCAGUUUCCUCUACUUACAAAAAGAAUGGAUCUGAAUUCAUCAUUGAGUAUGAAUCUGGCUGGGUCGAGGGCUUCCUGAGCCAGGAUAUACUGAGUAUUGCUGGAAUCAAGGUGACUCAGUUAUUUGGUGAGGCCACAGAACUGUCCCCGAUACCCUUUGGACUGAUUGAGUUUGAUGGAGUCCUGGGGCUGGGCUACCCUGAGCAAUCAAUAAGUGGAAUCACUCCUGUCUUUGACAACAUAAUGGCCCAAAGGGUGCUGGAGGAAGAUGUCUUCUCUAUCUACUACAGCAGGAGUUCAGGGAAGAAAGCUGGAGAGCUGAUACUCGGAGGCAGCGACCCCAACUAUUACCAAGGGACCUUCCACUACAUCAAGACCAGCCACCCAGAUUUCUGGCAGAUCCAGAUGCAAAGGGUGGCUGUCAAGUCUCAUGUGGUGUCCUGUGAAGAGGGUUGCACUGCAGUGGUGGACACAGGAACAACCUUCAUCACAGGCCCAACCAACUCCAUAUGGACACUGAUGAAGUUAAUUGGAGCAGAGAAACAUGGAAAAGAGUAUCUUGUAAAAUGUGACCUGGCAUCUAGGCUCCCGGAUAUCUCCUUCAACUUUGAUGGCAAGAACUUCACUCUCCAAGGUUCUGACUAUGUCUUAGAGAAUAAGGACAGCAGCGAUCAGAUGUGCCUGGUGGCCUUCCAUGGCAAGGAUGCUUAUAGCCCAGAAGGACCUCUGUGGGUCCUAGGAACAACCUUCAUCCAAAAGUUCUACAUUGAAUUUGACCGGCACAAUAAUCGCAUUGGUUUGGCCUUGGCAGCUUGACCCAUCUCUGCCCACAUCCCUGUUGGAUGCUGCUUUCUCCCUGUUGUGCUUCAUCCCUUGGGCCUGGGGCAAGUCCCUCCAUCAAGCUCUCUAAUCCUGCAGACCACUGUUAAUCU